GGGGAAUACACGCUCGUCGUCUCCGCAUUCGAGCCCGACCAGCAGGGGAAGUUCUCGCUGCAAGUAGCAAGCAACCGUCCAUUCGAGCUCGAGCCGAUCCCGCAAGAGGGCGCGGGGAUGUACACCAAGACCGUGCGGGGUACCUGGGACCAUGAAACUGCUGCCGGCGCGGCGCCUUUUAACCGCUACUUCUCGAAUCCACAGUACGAGCUGCACGUCAAAUCGCAAACCCAAGUGAAGAUCCGCCUGCAGCUCGCCCAGCCCUCGCCCCUCCCCGCACUCAACGUCUCCCUCUUCCGCGAGACCUCCGAGUCGUCGCCCGCGCGCGUCCUCACCUCCGGGCCCUACGCCGACGCGGUGUGCGGUGUGCUCACACCGCAGAUAACGCUCGCCCCGGGCACGUAUCUCCUGGUGCCGAGCACGUACGAGCCCGGGUGCAGGGUCCCGUUUCGCGUGAUCGUGUACAGCACGGCUGCAGGAGUGACGCUAGGGCGACGGAAGUGA